AUGACAGUGAGAGCGCGACAUGCCCACCCUCCCCCUCCCCUCCUCUCCCGUCCCACCACCGCAACCCCACUCACCGAUAGCGACCAACCCCCGCGCCGUUUAGAAGGGCUGUCUGGUCUCCUCAAACCGACUGCUAAAUACUGCGUGCACGGAGGAGUGUGGAGGCUUGGCACAGUUUUUAUGGUGAACAAGCUCUCAAAUCCAAGCCCGCCCCCCCUGCCCCGCGCCCUCGCCGGCCGCGCCGCCCCCACACAACGCACGCGGUGCACCGUCGUCGGCGAGACAUCGCCGCCGCCUCAACUGUGCCAGAGAGGGACUUGUUGCUUCAUCAGUGUCACAUUUUCGCGACUGGCGAGA